UACCGAGAAACCCAUGUGAACAACAGCUAACAAAUAUAACCUCAGGGCUUUGCUUUCACACUUGGUGCCCGAGAACGGUGCGCAAGCACGAUUCUCCUUUGGUACUAAUGUGAACACACCGUUUUUCCAAGUACUCACACCGGAAUUCGGGCACAGUACCGUGCCCGAGUACUAGGUCUUGUCCUUGUACUCAGGCACCAUAAAAUGGUACUUGGGUACUUGGAGUAUCCAGUGUCUAAACGGAACACAGUGUUGCGCCGGCACCAGUGAAUACAGUCUAAGUACCCCAAGCGAGAUCGAAACUCUCCGGUUCAGUAGACUGGUCUCCGACAGAUUGUCGCUAAGCAACAUCUCGUGCGGUGGAUCACGGCGUGAAAAAGACGAGGGGGCCUAGAUUCCAUCACAAAAUCAACAACGCUAAAACAUGGCGAGCUGUGAGCAUUAUGUAAGGAAAUGUUCUUUUCUGGCUCCGUGUUGUAACAAGAUCUACUCCUGUCGCUUUUGCCACGAUGAAGCUGAGAAAACCCAUGAGUUAGAGAGGAAGAAUGUUCGACAAAUCAAGUGCAAUCAGUGCGGUAAACUGCAAGAUGUCGUGUCACAUUGUACGGAAUGUGGCAUCAAGUUUGGCUUUUACUUCUGUUCCACUUGUCGUUUGUACGACGAUCGAGACAAAGGCCAGUUUCACUGCGACCUCUGCGGGGUUUGCCGCGUCGGUGGGAAAGAUAACUACUUCCAUUGUUCAAUGUGCGACAUGUGCUAUCCGAACAAUAUCAAGAGUUCCCACAAGUGUAUCGAACAGAGCUCCAGAUCGAACUGUCCCAUAUGCAUGGAAGACUUGCACGCCUCGCGUGUUCCUUGUCAGAUUUUGAGAUGUGGUCAUUUACUGCAUCAGACGUGUUUCCAAGCGUGUCUGAAGUCGCAACUGCGACACUGCCCACUGUGCUUGACAUCCAUGGGUUGAAAUUGGUGGCUACUUUUGAUUACCAUGAACACGUUACAAUUUUGCAACAAAAAAGUGCAUCUUUGUUCAAGUUUUUACUGAACUUUCCGUUUAUUUCUGUCAGCACUUGGAUAGCUUGCUCUGAUUGUACUUAAUACUAACUGUGACUCACAAAGUCAGGUAAAUGACAGUAGUUCAACUGUCUCCUCGUAAUAAGCUUUUGACAGGUGGGCAAAGCUCUAGCUGUGAGGUGAUCAUCUUGUGUAAAUAGCAGAUUUGCACAUUAUCAUCAUUUGACUACUACUACCAGAAUUUCUCUGGUUUUUUCUUUAUUAUUUAAAUUUGAAGCCCCAGUGGGGUUUAAAUAACAAUAUAAAUAAGCAUAAGAAACAGAAAAAGUGAAGAAUUCUGGUAGUUGCAGUCUAAUAAUGCUAUCAUGCAAAUCACCUAUAAAUUAGCACCAACAUAGUAAUAGAGGGGAAUGGUUAUGAAACCCAACAAAUUUCUUUGUUGUAUAUUUUUGUUUGCUCAGUUUUGGCCUUGAC